CUGAUUGCUUCAUGUUACUGUUUUCGUCUGCUGUUCGUGUCGGCAUUAAAGUGGUUGCUGUCCUCGUUUUUAUUCUCACAGCAGCCUUUCUUUUUUGGAAAGAAAACCAAACAAAAGACACAAAGCUGCUCCAUGAGACUGAAACUGGAAACAGAGAGGGAGAACGGCUCAUGGCAGAAGAACAGAAGAAAGAGGAAGAACAGAAAGUCUGUGAAAAGGUGGUUAAAACACUGACGGAACAAAGGAAGGAACUGCAAAACCAAGAAGAUCAACUCAAACAGCAAAUGGAGGACAUGGAGAAAAACAUUAAAGAUAUUGAGAACAAGCUUCAGUCAGUGGAGAAGAUGGCAGAAAGUGAACAAUGCUGUGAACUGAAAGAGAUCAUAUUAAUGGCCAA